CACAAAUGGUAGCAACUUCAAUGCCCUUAACCUCCUUGUCAAGUGUCUCUACCGCUUACCUUCUUCACAACCAAAACGUGUCUUUUUCUUUCUUUUAAUUUUUUCCCAUAUAUAUAUAUGUUUGAUGUUUUAACAUUUCUUUAAAGCCUCUCUUCAUCAAUCAUUAACCAUAAGCAGUUGCACAGAGCCUGAAGUGUGAUAUCUUUUUAGUUUUCAAGAAAUGGAGAAAGAGCAAAUCAAGAACGAGAAACAGAGCAGUGAAUAUGUGGGUGUUCCAAUUCAUAAUCAAGUAAUUAAAAUCAAGCAAGAAUUCGAAAAGAUAAAGCAUCCAUCGUUGAAGCAAACAGAGAUGAGACGUGUUAUUUGCAAGAUUAGCGGAGAAAGAUCUCGUUCUCCUCUGGGCUUAGCAGAGAGACCCAUCUCUGUAGGCAAUUAAUGGUAGUUUUAUAGUUAUUGAUGGAAUAUCUAGUUGUAUGGUGAAUUUUCUACUCUUAAUUUUCAGGUUUUAGAUUUUUUUUUCUUUUGUCUUGGUUUUUCAUAGUUGCUCUGUUUUUUGCCUUCUUGUCCCCUGCUUUUCUACUUUGCUCUGUUUUUGAGGUUUUGGUGCAGUUGUACAUAUCUUUAAUGAAGGAAGGAGUAGAAAAUUGAGGAUAUGAUGAAAGAUUUUACCUUUUUA